UCGAUCUGCAAUGGGUUCAAGCAACGGUUAUACUCCGGCGAUGAUCGCAAUAGCUCUUCUCCUUGUAGUAGUACUACUGCCUAUGGCUUCCAAAGCUGAUAAUCAUAUAUCUCCUGCCCUCAGUCCUUUGCUUGAUGAGAUAUGUAAAGAAGUGAAUUGUGGGAAAGGCAGUUGCAAGGCUGAUUUGAGUUUUCCAUUCAAUUAUAAGUGUGAAUGCGAUGCUGGUUGGAAGAGAACUCAUUCUCACGAUGACGAUGAAGAAGAUAAACUCGAAUUUCUCCCCUGCAUCAUUCCCAACUGCUCUCUCGACUACUCUUGCAUGCCAGCAGCUCCACCAGCACCAGCCUUCCCAUACAACAUCUCUGCCUUUGAUCCUUGCUAUUGGACAUACUGUGGUGAAGGAACUUGUGUGAAAAACAGCACUUAUAUUCAUACAUGCCAGUGCAAUCCUGGUUAUUCUAAUCUCCUAAAUGUCUCAGUUUAUCCUUGUUACAGUGAUUGUGCUAUUGGUUCGGAUUGUGCAAAGCUUGGGAUUGUUUCAAAGUCCACUUCUUCAUCUUCAUCACCUAAUGAUGAUCAAAACGCCAGUCCAGCAACUUCUUCAAAGUUCUUGUGGGUAGUGAUUGCUUUGAUGUCAACUGUUACUAUGCUUUGGAGAUCAUAAGAAUUGAGAUAAAGAUGGAAGAUUUGGAUUUUUACAUACAUCAUAUAUAUAUAUUUAUAUAUAUUCAUCACACCCCACAUGAUCAUCUCUUUCUUGAUUUUACAUUAUUGUUCUACAUAUUUAUCCAUUUUGUAAUUUAUUAUUUAUAAGAUCAGGUGUUAGAUCUUGUAUUAUAAAUAAAUCACUAUACAUGUACACG